CUCGCCGAUCCAGGCGGGCGGAGUUUAAAAGUAAAUGAAAGCGUUUGUUUGGUUUGGAGCCACUGAACAAAGAGCUUUUCUUCUCAACCAUUGUUGUUACGGAGCGGGGCGCCUGGUCGGGACGGUUCAACUACGACUACUGACCGAAGGUCGCAGAAAAGGGAGGGGCGGCCUGUGCUCCAGCCAUGACCUCUGGGAACGGGAGCACUGCCAGCAGCCAACACGAUGGAGGGAGUAAACCCGCCCAGCAGGCCCCAGACAAGUCCCACAUCCUCACCCACCUGAUCGGAGGCUUCGUUAUCCAGGAGGGAGCCAAACCUUUUCCUGUGGAGCACCCGUCUUUCUCCAUAGAGCGUCUCAGGAGACGAGCAGCAGACGCCAAGAUGGACGCCCUCGCAUCAAAGGAUCUGAAGGCUCCGCCGGAGCCCACGCUGACCUGCGAGCUCUGCGGGAAGGUGGACUUCGCCUACAUCUUCAAAAGGUCCAAGAGGUUCUGUUCUACAGUUUGUGCCAAACGAUACAACGUGGGCUGCACCAAGAGGAUGGGCCUCUUCCCGAACCGGAAGACCACCCUGGAAUACCUGAAGAAACAACGAGCCCUGAACGGGAACCACAAGACCACUGCUCUGGAGUCCAAAAAGAAGAAACCUCCUCCUCCUGCUGCAGCGCCUCCUGCUGGCCACUCCGUGCACCCCGCGCACGGCGACUCCAGUCAGUGUUCGGACCUGUCCGGCUGCAAGACGUCCCCUCUGUCGGCCCCCCCGUGGGCUCACAGUCCGGGCUCGGACCUGCCCCUGCUGCCCCACGCCUUCCUGCCCAGCGACCCGGGUCAGUGGAACAUCGAGGACGUCUACGAGUUCAUCUCCUCGCUGCCAGGUUGUUUGGAGAUCGCCGAGGAGUUUCGCUGUCAGGAGAUCGACGGCCAGGCGCUGCUGCUGCUGAAGGAGGACCACCUCAUGGGAACCAUGAACAUCAAACUGGGCCCGGCGCUCAAAAUCUUUGCUCAGAUCAGCAUGCUGAAAAACUGGUAGCUCACCGUGCACUCAGACCUCCUCCACAGGCAGCUCCCGGACAGACGGGACUCGCUCAGGAUCUUUGGAUUGUGGUCCCGACCGCCCGACCUCAACUUCUACACUUCAGGAAUCAUGGAGUCCACGGCUGGGCCGUCUUCUGUAGGCUGUAGUUUUCAUAGACCGGUAGGUUUUCUUCUGGUUUCAGGUCC